ACAACUGCUAACUUUCUGUCCGCAAACUAGUCAGCGAAAGAAGCAACAACAGCGAAAUAAGACACGGAUUGUAAACUUGACUGUAAUAUUUGUAAGUAGUUGUUUGCUUCCGUCACCAGGGGGUCGGGUGGAUUUAUUUGUAAAACAUUUAUUUGCAGGUGAAAUGGCUUGUUAGUCGACGUCAGAGAGCUAGGUAGCUUAAGCUAAGCGUUAGCUCGGAGGCUAAUCCAGAACACAAGAGGAUUCAGUUGUUAAGUUAGUUGUAUAUCCCCCAAGAUGAGUGAGCAGCUGAGGUUCAUCGUGGAGCAGCUCAACAGAGAGCCGUUCAAGAAGAGCUUCAACCUGAUCACGUUUGACUCUCUGGACCCCAUGCAGCUGCUGCAGAUCCUCAACGAUGUUCUGGCUGAAAUAGACCCAAAGCAUGCUAUGGAUAUCCGUGAAGAACUGCCAGAACAAACCAUAAGGAGAAUGUGUGCUCUGCUGGGGAUGCUGAAGUACAAACCUCCUGGCAACCCGUCUGAUGU